AGACUUCUUCGAGGAUAAUUCUUUUUUUUUUUUUUUAUAGCGGAAACGAUCCGCGAUUGUAUAGUCGAUCGUGCGAAGUGUGAGAAAUCGACGUUAGCUGACGCGCCUCGCGAUUACAAGCAACAGUCACUGGCACUGAAAAACUGAAAACACGUGGAAGGAUAUGUACGAUCAUCUCGUUGGAUCCUGAGCAGUGAACUUUACUUUUGAUCUCGCCAAAGUGCACGCGCAAACAUUAAAAUGUGACUUUUUCUCGUCGUGUGGUGCGGUGAUCUCGUCACGUUGCUACCAAUUUCUGAUCGCGUGACGAUACUGUUUGACAUUUAGAUUAUAAUUAUCUUCCUGAGAACGCUUUCGUGACCUUGAAGAUUUUUUUUUUUCUCGUCAAAUGAUUGUAAGUUUCCUGGUGAGUGCAUCCUCACAUACAUGGAGUUUCAGUUGGAUAGCGCAGAGUAUUGCCAGGCUCAACACAAAUAGAGAGACACGCCCCACCAUACUCCCUGACAAUUAUUAGGUACUCUUAGAACAAAGAGAAGAAGGGUAGAAACAUCUUGGAGGGUGGAAAGAAGGAUAUUAAAGAAGAAUUAUCACGCACCGGGGAAGCCAGAAAAAUCAUCGACUAGUCAUCACGCAAAACACAUAGAAGAAUUUAAUAGAAAUUAUUAAUUUACAUUAGUAGAUGCAAGCAUUGUAGAGAUACUGAGCGCACCUGGAGCACCCAGUGCCAAAUAGAUAAUCUUCCGCAAAUUGUAGUCAAAAAGUCUCAAGUAGGAAGGAUAAAGCGCAUAUCAACACCGCCUAAUGUAACGUAGCCCUUACACUUUCGGCGAAGUUCGCACCCCGACAACCCCUUCCUAAGAUCUACAUGUAAACCCGUGGUUCUGUCCUCUGUAAAAAAAUAAGAUAUUCUAUUAGUUAAAUGAAAAACAACUUUAUAAGACUGACAUUUAAUGGGCUAAGUUGUCAAAUCCAGCCUUUGUCGCUUCGUAUAGUGUGGCACACGUAUGUGAGAGACUUUAAAAGACAAGUUAUAUAAAAUCUUUAAGAGAGUUAAAAACAAAAGGAAGAAGAUAAUACAACAAUCUUAAGGAGGAAAUGAGCAACAUGAGGGUGAAGGAUAUCAGACCGGCGCCCGCCGAGAUUGAAUAUAAAAAUAUGAAGUUCCUCAUUACUGAUCGGCCCAAUGAUCAAACCAUCCAUACCUUUAUCCAAGAACUGAAAAAGCAUAAUGUAAAGGAAGUGGUCAGAGUUUGCGAACCAACGUACAAAGUCGAGGAACUCAAGUCGGAAGGAAUCAAUGUGAUAGAUUUGGUAUUCGAUGACGGUACAUUUCCACCAAACGAGGUAGUGGAUGAAUGGUUCGAAUUGCUAAAAAAUCGAUUCAAAGAGUCACCUGAUGCAUGUGUAGCGGUACAUUGCGUCGCAGGUCUCGGUAGAGCACCGGUUUUGGUUGCAAUAGCUCUCAUCGAGCUCGGACUCAAGUUCGAAGAUGCUGUCGCUCUCAUCAGAGAGAAAAGACGAGGCGCCAUAAACGCAAAGCAGUUAACUUUUCUUGAAAAGUAUCGUCCCAAGUCUCGAUUGAAGCUCAAGAAUGGACAAAAAAAUUCUUGUUGCAUCCAAUAGAUUAAAGAAUUUUUCAAAGAAGAAAAAAAGAAAAAAGAAAAAAUGGGAAGAGAAAAGUCACUAAUCCACAUACCGAUUGAUAUAAAUGUAUAGGUUUUUGCGCCUGAAAACAAGUGGCAUAUUGUAGUAAAUCUGUUCUGAAUGGCCUAUCAAUGGAAAUGCAAUCGUGAUAAAUGUCAAUAAACUUUGAGGCACUUUUUUCGCACUAAUCAUCUAUUUUAAAUUUCUGAGGCAAGUCAUUAACAUGUGAAUAUAGCUUCAAAUUGAUUCAAACUGAUUCCUUUUGUGAAAUGAUCGCAUACUUAUUUUUGAUACUUGAUCGAUAUUAUAUUAAAUACAUAAUGGGAUAAAAAUUAAGCCUUGAAAUAGUAAUAACUAUUUUUAAAACACUCGAAAAUCUCGAUUACAUUAUUGUCAUUCAGCCUUAGCGAUUUCUAAAUUAUGACUUCUAAAUUGUGAAUUAUUCAUAUAUGUGUAAAUUUAUUGUGUAAUAUACCUUUAUUUUCUUUCUUGAUAAACACAAAAGAUAAAAACAACUAUAGAGUAAACAUGCGCACAAAAUAUAAUUAAUUUAAUUUGAAAAAAGAAAAAUAGGAAUUAUAAUUGUAAUUAUAAUGAACAUGUGCAGUAUGUACAUUAUCAGCUUGUUAGUAUUUCAUUGAGAUGACAAAUUAUAUUAUGUUUUUUGAAAUAUAUAUAAAAGAUAUGUAAAAUAUUUUUAUUAUUUAUCGAAUUUUUACCAGAUGUAAUUUAGAAAUUUCUACACUGAGUGAUUGUAAGCUAUACUUCAGGUUGAAAUAAUAGGAGUGCUAUAAAAAAGUAAAUACGUUUCUUUACAGAAUAUAUAAAGAUGUGUAAAAAUAUCUGAAUCAGAAUUAUAUAUUUCUUUUUAAAGUAAAUAUAUUUAAAAAAAAACUAUCUGCCUCGCGCGUAUGCAAAAAAAAAAAAAUAUACUGCUCUUUAGAAAAAUUUUAUAUACAUUUUUCGCAAAAUGCGAUUGGAAUAAAAAGGAGGUGUUUUUUAUACAAUGUAUUAGUCGCAACUUUUCAAAGUAUAAAAUUCUGAUAUAUUAAGCAUCAAAAUAAUUUUUUCAAUGAUGCAUUAGAAGAAAACAUAAAGAUUAUCAACUUUUCAAUAAUGAAAGAGUAUACUAUUUUAAACAUUGCAAUUAUAAGACAUAUUGUGAUAUUGAACUUGUAUAUAUAUUUUUUUCUCAUUGCAUUAUUAUUGAAAUUAUAUUAAUUCUAAUUAGUAAAACAUUAGGCAAAAAUGGUUUGCAAUUACUACUAUAAUAUUUUGAUACACUUGCCGCAUACAAAUGUUUAAUGCAAAACAUAUGAAUUGCAGCAUUUGAACUUUGAUGCAUAUUUUGAAUCUAAAGGCAAAAGUUUUUAGCUUAAAGAAAAGAAGGGAAACAACACAUAUUGCGUUGCAUUUCCAAUGGCAUGCCGAAUUGCUGAUGGAUGUUUUUAACUCUUAUUGGACUUGGAAUCUGCGUUAACUUGAAAGAUGGAUAAUGAGAAACUAAUGUGAAGUAAAUCACUUUCCAGAGCUGUAUAUCACAUUUAUCGUAGCUCGACGGCAAUUUUACCAAAAUCUUUGCAUAUCUAACUUUUAGUUAGAAAUAGAUUUUUCAAUCUAAUACGAACAUUUUAUGUAAAAUCAUUGUCGUCUUCUAUUUUGGUAAAAUUGUCGGUGAUGCUGUACGCCACACUAAACUGUGUUCAAAGGAUAGAAAAAUUCACUCGUAAAAUAAUAACAAAUAUAAUACUUAGAACACAUUUCACGCGCGUCUGCUGAUUUAAUGUGAAUGUACGUUGUUUUGUAUUCGCUGUUUUGUUAUGCCGCCUUUGUUUCUAACCGUCCUGCUUAACAAUGAGUCCGUUCCGGAAAUGAAACUUGCACACGACAGUUGUGUAGCAAUAGAGUUUGGUCAAUAUGUAUCAAUACAUUCAGCCAUCCAAGCUUAAUUGCUACCGGACGAUCCCACUGUUGCAUUUCAGUACAGCACAACAAUUAUUGCUAAUUGUUACACGUUCGUUAAUCAUAUGCGUAUCUCUUAUUUCAAUGACAAAAUACGAUUGACACCACAAUCGAUUGAUAAUCUAUUACUUAUUUGAUUAUCAAACGGGCGACAAAAGAAUAAUUUAAUUUUUAACGAGUGACAAUAGAAUACAUUCACUACGAUCGCAGACUCGGAUUGAAAUUUGAACCUGGUGCAUCUUUUUUUGUAAUAUUGAAACUGCAAUAUUUUUUACCAGAGGAUGGGACGAGGGUUAUUCAUAAAAACAAAUCAUCCAAUCUUAGAUGCAAAAGUAUGUUACUUUUAUAUAGUUUAAUCCUAGUUCAAUUAUAAUAAUUAAGUUAAUCGGGCACAUAUAAAUAUAUUUUUCAAAUUAAAUUCUUUUUGAAACAUACAUAUUUGUGGCAAAAUAAGUAUGAUAUUAAAAGUUACCAAUAUGAUUUUCAUUGUUUAGCUAUUACUUUUGCACAUCGAUUCACUUCUUCAAGUUGUAUAAAUAAAUUACUGCUAUAAUACAAAACGUUUGUUUUUAUAUAUACUGUGAUAUGAUUUUUCUUUGUGUAUAAAAAAAACAGUGUUGAGACUGAGAAGUAGAAUGGAAUGAGGAUUGCGGUCAAAACUGUGAUGCCAAGAAUGAUGUUUUAUAUGUAAAAGAUCAUGCAUGUUGCUGUUUUAUUUUACAUAAUGGUCAAUUCAACAUGUGAAAAUCGUUUCACUGUGCAAUAAUGCUUUACAUUAAUGAUACAUAUGUAUGGAAUGUUUUAUUUCUCGAAGAAAUGAAUCGAACUGUUGCAAAUAUUAAUAUUACUCGAAAAAGUAAAUGCAAUUAUAUAGUUGAAAUAAUUCUUUUUUUAAAUGAUGUUAUUUUAUAUGAAUUUAAUUAAUUUCAUCGAUAAAGACCUCUUGUUUAACAAUAUGUUUAAUGUGAAUAUUUGAAGCAAGAACAAUUUAGAUAGGAAAGAAAUCCUCUAUUUUAAACCGGCAUAAUAAAAUAAGAACAAUCACUCCUUACAAAUUGAUUAAGCAAGAAAUAAAAAAUAAUGAGUUAGCGCAAUUUAAAUAAAGAUUACUAUUUAAUUUUUAAAUGCAAUUUCCUCCACCUGUCAUUAUAUACGAUUGCCUUCAAUUAAAUUAAACAAAAUUAUUUUGUUUAAGUUAUAUUGUGUGUAAACAAUAUCAAUAAAAAUAAAAAAAAAGAAUGAAA